AUGGCGUUGAACAAUGGUCUUAGAUCCGCCUCCAAGCUAUUUACUGCUUCCGAAUCGCUUCUUUCUAAGUCAGUGAAUAGAGGUAUCCACUCAACAGGGGUGAAGAGGAUGGGUGGAGGUCAUGCACAUGGCCAUGACGAACCAUACUAUUUGCAUGCAAAGCACAUGUACAAUUUAGACAGGAUGAAGUAUCAGCCAAUCAAAAUGUCCCUUGCUGUCUUCACUGCCUUCAGCAUCGGAGUCGCCGUUCCUGUAUAUGCUGUCAUUUUCCAGCAGAAAAAGACUGCUUCUGGCUAA